UGGCACCUGCGUCGAUUUGUUUGUGUUGAAUAUUUGACGAUAUCAAUUAAAUUGAUUGAAAACAAACUAUAUAUAUUGUCACAAAUACUCACAAUAUGGGAGUACCAGCAUUCUUCCGCUGGCUGAGCCGCAAAUAUCCAAGCGUUAUUGUCGAAUGUAUUGAACAGAGGCCAACCGACGUAGAUGGCCAGCUCAUACACGCAGACUCGUCAUUACCAAACCCUAAUGGGGUCGAAUUUGACAAUCUAUAUUUGGACAUGAAUGGAAUCAUCCAUCCUUGUACGCAUCCUGAAGACAAACCGCCGCCAAAGGAUGAGGACGAGAUGAUGGUGGCGAUCUUCGAAUGUAUUGACAGGCUGUUCCGCAUCGUGCGGCCCAGGAAAUUGUUGUACAUGGCUAUCGAUGGAGUUGCGCCCAGAGCUAAGAUGAAUCAACAAAGAUCUCGUCGAUUCAGAGCCUCAAAGGAAACUCAAGAAAAGAUUGAGGAGGUAGCUCGCAUCAGGUCUGAACUUCAAGUAAAAGGAGCAUACUUACCCCCUGAGAGACCCAAGGAGGCACACUUUGACUCUAACUGUAUCACUCCUGGUACUCCAUUCAUGGAUCGGCUCAGCAAGUGUUUGCACUAUUAUAUACAUGACAGGUUAAACAAUGAUCCCGGAUGGAAAGGUGUUAAGGUUAUUUUAUCUGAUGCUAAUGUUCCCGGGGAAGGGGAACACAAGAUUAUGGACUAUAUUAGAAGACAAAGAGCUCAACCAGACCAUGACCCAAAUACACAGCAUGUAUUAUGCGGUGCUGAUGCAGAUCUCAUCAUGUUGGGUCUUGCGACACACGAGCCUAACUUCACCAUAAUCAGGGAGGAGUUCAAACCGAAUAAGCCUAGACCCUGUGAUGUUUGUGGUCAGCUAGGGCAUGAGAUGAAGGAAUGCACAGGGACUACUCCAGAUGCAUCUCUAGUCCGUUCAGAUCCCGCCUUUGGUAACCAGGACAGCUUCAUUUUCGUGCGACUGAGCGUGUUGCGAGAAUAUCUUGAAAAAGAGCUGCAGAUGCCCAACCUCCCAUUUGACUACGACUUUGAGCGUGCCCUGGACGACUGGGUGUUCAUGUGCUUCUUCGUGGGCAACGAUUUCCUGCCGCAUCUGCCCAGUCUCGAGAUCAGGGAGGGGGCCGUGGAUCGGCUCGUCAACCUAUACAAAAAAUGCGUCUACAAGACCAGAGGUUGGAUCACGGAUUCGGGCGAUGUGAACUUAGAUCGAGUUCAAGUUAUAAUGGACGAGUUGGGCCGCGUCGAGGACGAGAUCUUCCGCCGGAGACACCAAAAUGAAGUGAGCUUCAAGGCGCGCGAGAAGGCUAAGAAACAACAGAAGGUCAACUUUAGCUUACUGGAAAAUACGCAGUUUGCACCAGCGCCGCUAGGAGGCGCUUCGAAAACAGUGGAGAACGCUCGUCAAGAAGCCGCUAAUAUAAGACGGGCCGGAAUGGAAGCUGUUGCCCAGCGCGACGGCCCGGCGCGCGGGCGCAAGCGGUCGGCGAGCGCGGCGGGGCUGGACGGCGCGGGCGGCGCGGACGGCGCGGACGACGCGGGCGACGCGGACGCGCACGACGAGGUGCGCCUGUGGGAGGAGGGCUUCAAGGAGCGCUACUACGAGAGCAAGUUCGAGGUGGCGCGCGACAACCUCGAGUUCCGGUACCGCGUGGCGCUGCAGUACGUGCGCGGCCUGUGCUGGGUGCUCCGCUACUACUACCAGGGCUGCGCAAGCUGGAAGUGGUACUUCCCCUACCACUACGCGCCCUUCGCCUCUGAUUUCGUCAACAUACAGGGACUGUCCACCAAGUUCGAGAAGGGCACGCAACCCUUCCGCCCCCUGGAGCAGCUGAUGGGGGUGUUCCCGGCCGCCAGCGCGCAGCACGUGCCGCAGCCCUGGGCCACGCUCAUGAGCGACCCCUUUUCUCCAAUAAUCGACUUUUAUCCAACGGACUUUAAGAUCGAUUUGAAUGGUAAGAAGUUCGCGUGGCAAGGAGUCGCCUUGCUACCCUUCGUUGACGAGACAAGACUGUUCAAAGCUCUGGAACCGUACUACAAGGAACUGACGCAAGCAGAAAAACAACGCAACACCAAGGGCCACGACCGCCUGUACGUGUCUCCCGCUAACAAGUGUUACGACUUCCUGCUGGCGCUGUACACGGAGGCCGGCGACGACCUGCGGAGACUCAUCGAGGCCGACCAGCGCUACCCUUUCCGCUGCGAGGGGGUGCGGGGGGACGUCAUGCUCAGUGUCGACAACGUCUGCACGGGCGGGCAGCUGUCGUCGCCCGUGAUCGGGCUGAGCCCGGUGCUGGGCAACCGCGUGGUGUGCGUGCGGUUCCAGGACCCGCAGUACCCGGACGAGUUCGUGUUCCCGGCGCGGCGGCUGCGCGGAGCCCAGCAGCCCGCGCGGGUGCUCAAGCCGGGCAACCUGAGCCACGAGCAGAACAGGAACUGGAGGCCGCAGAUCGGCAUGGUGCGCGCCAGCAGCCAGGCGUCGCUGGAGGCGGCCGGCCACCGCAUGCUGGGCCACGCCCUGCCGCGCGCGCACUACGCCUCCGUGCCGCCCCCGCACAAUCGUUCACAGUCGUUUGGACCACACCGAGGCGGAUAUGUGCCGCAUCAGAUAUCCCAUAGCAAUCAAGGGUACAACCGUUCUGGUUACCAGCCCAGUCAAGAUAGGUACGGUUCAAACCAAGACAGAUACGGCUCAAACCAAGACAGAUAUGGUUCGAACCAAGACAGGUAUGGCUCGAACCAAGAUAGGUACGGCUCAAACCAAGGCUACCGACAGAACCAGGGUUCGCACGGCCGAUCAUAUUCCCAUAAUCAAGGUCACGGUUAUUCUUCAACACAAAACAAAUACAGCGGCCACCAGGGACACCAUCAACGGCAGGGAAGCGACCAGCAAGGGCCGCCCAGCCACGGGCAGGGGAGCAGUUACAACAGUCAGAGACCCAACGCCGGCUCAAACAGAUACCAGGGUAACUCGACGUGGCGUUGAGAGACUCGAGUUUUUUAAUUUGAAUAAAGUGUAAUAAUAAUUAAAUUUAAAAUUAAAAAAAGACGAAACAUUGCUAGUUUACAGACAUGGUAAUAUAAAUAGUUAGUAAAUGAAAGAAAAUAUUUAUAAUAUAAACUGGCUAUGUACUGUAUUUGUUCCUAUCUCAGUACGCUGGAGACAGUGUUGCCACUAUUUUUAAUUCGAUGUUGGCAAUAUUGAAUAGAAUUAAAUUUCUAUAUUUUAUAACUACGAGUCAGUUCGUUACACGUACAAAUUACUGCGCUUAUCUGUAAGAACUCACUUCUUAAACUUAAAAAGAUUGCAACCCAUUAUUCAUUAUCAUACAAAAAAUUAUUCCACGAUGUAAUGUGUAUUAUUUGUUAGAGAUCCUUAAUAAAUAAAUAAAUAAUAGCCAGAUAUUUGACGAUCGUUCCUACAGACUUGAUGGACUGGACUUAACUUGCAAUUACACUCGAUGUUUGUUAUAUCAUCCUGAAAUAUAUAACAAUACAUAUGUACACUAUUUCAACUAUGUUACACGUCUGCCCAAAAAAGGAUAUACAUGUUUUCAGGGUCUGUGUAUGUGCUUAAAUGCCUGACCAUUCGGGUGUGUGGGGCACGAUAGGCACCUUACACCAUGGGACACUGUUUUUUUUUUAGACUUCAUAGUUAGCCAUUUCAAAUCGAUAUAUAUCAAUAUAUCUUAUUGACUUUAAGUGUAUAAUUUUGACGCAGGUUUAUAUAUAUAUAUAUAUAUUAACUAAUGUGAAACCUGGAUAACUAUGUAUAAUAAUACAUUUGAACGAAUGUAUUACACGUGACGGAAGUUGUAAAUAAAACGAUUAUGUACAAAUCUAAACAUUGAUAUCUAAAUGUACAGUCAGCACAAAAAUUUGUCAAAAAACAAUGUUUUUUAUAUGUACUCGCUACAAAAACAUAUGUCAAUUUUUUAUCUAGUAUUUCCAAACUUAUAUUAAUGUCAAAAAAAUUACCUCGAAAGGUAUUUUUCCUAUAUAAUAUUAUUUUAAAUAUAUUAAUGGUAGGGUGGUUGUCACCACCUACUCAUCAAUUGGUCUACCCCCUAACAUUACGUACGGCUGUAUGUCAGUUAGCCAGUGUAAUUAUUGUCACAACAUCUUAAAUCGGACGGGUAAUAGUGCGUUGAAAAUAUUAUGACUGACUGACCAGAAGUUCUAUGGCUUAUAUGGUGAAUGCUUAAAUGCUUCAAACUACACUGAUAUCGAUGAAAUAUGUAAAAUAAAUCUAUUAAGUCUGAAGAAAAAGAAAUUUAUCAAAAUAUUGAGAAUUUUCGCACACUAAAAAAUUUUUAAACUAUUUAUCGUAUUAUUAGUUCGUAAAUUUACGAUAAUUAUUUUAUUAGAUACAAACAAAAAAGUUAUCCUUUAGCUGAAGGUGUAUUUGUGCAAAUAUUUUUACAUACAAUCGAUCAAACGCCCCAAGGCAGUUUGACAUUUGAAUACUCCUUCCUCAUUCCGAAGUGGUUAGAAUAAUGAAAGUUAUAUUAUUUUUGGCCAGGCCCCAAGCCUGGUGCCUUGUAGGCCUAGGCAUAAAUCAGAGGCUGCACACAAUUCAAGAACAUACAUACAUAUCGUUUGACGCAUUCGUUUGAACAUAACAUCGAAAUAACAUAAUGUUUUUAUUCAAAGUUUCUGUAUUUAACUUAAAUCGUUACGUAAAGCUGCCAUCGGUUUCGAAUGUAGAUUCUAGAAAGAAACAGUAGACACUCCGCAGUCACUCUUUACCACCGAUUACAGAAAUGACAUAGCAUUUAAUAAUAUUUAACGUGAUCUAAUAUUUACGAAAGAAAGGCGAUAUAAAUCGCUUCGCCUCACAUUUGUCUAAAGCCUGGUUACUAUAUAUAAAAAACGAUUCGUUUUGUUUUGAUUGUAGAAUUGUCGAACACCGUUACUCGCAGCAUUCUGACCCGUCAGUAACAAGUCAACGGUAACUUCUUAAUCUAAGUCUCGUUAGCAAAACGAAUCGUUUUUGUAUUUAGUAACUAGGCGUAGCAUAAAUAACACCAGAAGGCUCAUGGGAGUUAUAAAUGUUACCAGAACGAUGCAAACUGUUUUUAAUACAAGGAAUUUUUCCUCGUUUCUGAUAUGCACGGGUAAGAUCUGGAAUACCCUCCCGACCUCCGUUUUUCCCACCACCAUCUUCUAGGCAAGCGCGCUCCAUCUUAGACUGUAUCAUCACUUUCCAUCAGGUGUGAUAACAGUCAAGCGCUAGCUUAUAUAUUUAAAAAAAAAAAGAGUCACUGAGUUGUAUUAAAAACACACGAACCUAACCUAAAAGAUAAUAAAUCAUCAAUAUUUUAUACGUUUAAUUCUUUUAAUUAUAAUUUUA